AUGAAUUACUCACCUUUGAUAUUUCUUUUGUCUUAUGAAGCUUUUUUAUUAAGCUUACAAGUUCAGAAAUGCGCCAGUUUUUAUUUACCAGGGUUAGCCCCUGUUAACUAUUGUAAACAAUCAGAACUCGUUUCCUCUCAAAGUUGUAAGUCUGAAGUUGAUUUAUUUGUAAAUAGAUUGAAUACUGAAGAAUCUGUUAUACCAUUCGAGUAUUAUCAUUUUGACUUUUGCACGGCCUCAAAAAAUAGUAAGUCUCCCACAGAAAACUUGGGCCAAGUUGUUUUUGGUGAAAGAAUUCGUCCAUCCCCUUACAAAAUCAGUUUUUUGAAAAAUGAAACAUGCAAGCAUCUAUGUAGCAGAAAAUAUACUGGCGGAAAUCCUGCAGAUAUGGCCAAACUUGAUAUUCUUAAAAAAGGCAUGAGUUUAAACUAUCAACAUCAUUGGAUUGUUGAUAACAUGCCAGUCACAUGGUGCUAUUUAUUGGAUGAUAUGAGGCAUUGUUGUGUUCCGGGAUUUCCAAUGGGUUGUUAUGUUGGAGACAAGCUCAAUCCUGAAGACAUAUGUAACAUGAAUCCCCAAUAUAAUAAGCCAAAAACAUAUUAUAUUUUUAACCAUGUUGAGUUGCUUAUUACCUACCACAGUGGUAUGGGAGAAGAAUGGGGCAAUACAUUUGGUGCAAAUGGUGGAAGAAUUGUCUCUGUUAAGGUAACCCCUCUGAGUGUGAAGCAUACAGAUGACUUGGAUUGCUAUUCUAAAGAACCUAUGGCUAUUCCAGAAGAACUUCCUAAAGGAAAAACUCUAGAAAUAAAAUAUACCUACAGUAUAAAAUUUGUUCAAAAUAAUACUGUAAAAUGGUCGUCUCGUUGGGAUUACAUUCUCGAAUCAAUGCCACAUACAAACAUUCACUGGUUCAGUAUUCUCAAUUCUCUUAUGAUAGUCUUAUUCCUUACUGGAAUGGUGGCCAUGAUCAUUCUCAGGACCUUACAUAAAGAUAUCGCUAGAUACAAUCAGAUUGAUUCUGGCGAAGAUGUACAAGAAGAAUUUGGAUGGAAGUUGGUUCAUGGUGAUGUGUUCAGACCACCUAGGAAAGGAAUGCUACUAUCAGUAUAUUUAGGUUCAGGCCUUCAAAUAUUUUUCAUGACACUUGUAACAUUAGCAUUUGCAUGUCUUGGAUUUUUAUCACCUGCCAAUAGAGGUGCUUUGAUGACCUGCGCAAUGGUUGUCUUUGUUUGUUUGGGAGCAAUUGCUGGCUAUACAUCUGCUAGGAUAUAUAAAAGUUUUGGUGGUGAAAAAUGGAAAUCAAAUGUCUUGCUUACAUCAAUGCUUUGUCCUGGGGUCGUGUUUACAAUCUUCUUCGUACUGAAUCUUAUUUUAUGGGCAAAAGACAGUUCUGCAGCCAUUCCCUUUUCAACUCUCGUAGCAUUGCUUUCAUUAUGGUUCCUAGUUUCUGUGCCACUGACAUUUGUUGGAUCUGUUUUUGGUUUUAGAAAGAGGCCCAUAGAGCAUCCUGUUCGAACCAAUCAAAUCCCGAGACAGAUACCUGAUCAAAGUGUUUACACGCAGCCACUUCCAGGAAUAGUUAUGGGGGGAGUACUUCCUUUUGGUUGUAUAUUCAUACAACUCUUCUUUAUAUUGAACUCCAUUUGGUCCAAUCAGAUGUAUUACAUGUUUGGCUUCUUGUUUCUGGUUUUUCUCAUUUUGGUUAUUACAUGUUCUGAAACUACUAUUCUUUUAUGCUAUUUCCAUCUGUGUGCUGAGGAUUAUCAUUGGUGGUGGAGAAGUUUCUUAACAAGUGGAUUUACAGCAGUCUAUCUUUUUAUCUAUUGUAUCCAUUACUUUGUUACUAAAUUAAAUAUUGAAGAUGCAGCUUCAACAUUCCUUUAUUUUGGUUAUACUCUAAUUAUGGUUUUUCUUUUCUUCCUUUUGACAGGCACAAUUGGAUUUUUUGCUUGCUUCUGGUUUGUCCGCAAAAUAUAUAGUGUUGUGAAAGUGGACUAG